AUGCCGACUAAAGGAAACCGUGGAUUUGCUCUCACAACUCCAAUCUUGCUCUUCUUCAACUAUAGUUCUCCUCGGUCGAGAGCUCUAUCGCAGCAGCUCAGAUUUUUAGAGAUGAGAAUAGCUGUGGAAGGAUGCAUGCAUGGAGAUUUGGAUAAUGUAUAUGCAACGAUAUUACAUCUGCAGGAAGUUGAGAACGUAAAGAUUGAUCUUCUCCUAUGCUGUGGAGACUUUCAGGCUGUCAGGAAUGAAAAGGAUCUAGAAAGCUUACAUGUUCUUCCCAAGUACCGGAACAUGAAUUCUUUCUGGAAAUACUAUUCUGGGGAAAAAGUUGCACCAGUUCCAACUGUAUUUAUUGGGGGAAACCAUGAAGCAUCCAAUUAUUUGUGGGAAUUAUACUAUGGAGGAUGGGUGGCACCUCAUAUAUACUUCCUUGGGUUUGCAGGAGUUAUCAAGUUUGGAAAUAUUCGUAUUGGUGGAUUGUCUGGAAUUUAUAAAAACUAUGACUAUCACUUAGGGCACUACGAGAAGCUUCCUUACAAUCACAAAGAUAUCUGUUCUGUUUAUCAUGUUCGUGAAUAUGAUGUUCACAAGCUCAUGCAAGUUGAGGAACCAAUUGAUAUAUUUCUCUCACAUGAUUGGCCAAGAGGCAUUACUGACCAUGGGAACCUGGCUAAUCUUCUUCGUCAAAAACACUUCUUUGAGAAAGAGAUUAAAGAAGGAACUUUGGGGAGUGAACCAGCGGCAGUUUUGUUGGAUAAAUUGAGACCUAGUUACUGGUUUUCAGCACACUUGCACUGCAAAUUUGCUGCAUUGGUUCAACAUGGGGAUGACGGCCCAGUUACAAAAUUUCUAGCAUUAGACAAGUGCCUUCCCCGUCGGAAGUUCUUGCAGGUAUAUUUACCGACCCUUCUGCCCUCUAACUACAGACUUUCUUCGACCACUAACUUAGGGCUUUUAUAG